AUGCACUCGCCACACGCCAAACGCCAUGGCCCGUCCGCGCCAGAUGUGACAAUAUCCCGAGAAUGCCUUCUGGAGUCAUGGACGGCAUCCUUCUCCCCGGACAGCGACCAUUACAUCAUCCUCUUCGACGUAGCAGUAGAAGAUGAUGACGAACCGCUGCGGUUCCCUCGCCCUCGUGCACCCAUUUAUGCAUGGAAGAAAGCGAAAUGGUCUCGCUUUAGACAAAUGCCAAACGCACAGUGCAACAAACAACCUGAUCAAAAAAUUAGCGUUCACAAGAGGGAACGACUACUGACCUCCGCUGUCUGUAUCGCAACAGCUGCGGCGGUUCCACGCGGGGGUCGAGAGACUGCCCCUUUUGGGCUCCAGAAUUAG